CAACUCUGCACAUUUCCCUGAGAAAUCUGUCUUAUUCAGAAGCUGAAACUUCUAGGUAAAUAAGUGGGAAAAAAAUGGCAAGCAGAACUUAUGAUGGCACAUUCCUCCUUGAUCCAGAUACGAAAAAAAAAUAAUUUCAUCUUUACCUGACGGAACUACUUUUCUACAGAGAAAAAUAAAAGGGGACUUCUGAAGCAUGGCUGCCAACAACACGUCCUCCUGCGAUGACCCUAUAUUGACGCCCCUUCUAACCAGGCUCUACUUUGCAGUGCUUGUUGGAGGGCUGAUGGGCAUCGUCUCCAUUUUGUUCCUACUUGUGAAGAUGAACACCCGGUCCGUGACCACCACGGCAGUCAUUAAUCUGGUGGUGGUCCACAGUGCUUUCCUGCUUACAGUGCCUUUCCGUCUGACCUACCUCAUCAAGCACACUUGGACGUUUGGGUUGUCCUUCUGCAGGUUUGUGAGUGCCAUGCUGCACAUCCACAUGUACCUCACAUUCCUGCUCUACGUGGUGAUUCUAGUCAUCAGGUACCUCAUUUUCUUCAAGCACAAGGACAAAGUGGAAUUCUACAGAAAACUACAUGCUGUGGCCGCCAGUACCGCCAUGUGGCUCCUGGUGAUGAUCAUUGUGGUACCCCUGGUUGUUUCUCAGUACGGAAUUCAUGAGGGCUAUGAUAGCCACCACUGUUUCAAAUUCCACAAAGAACUUACUCAUGCAUAUGUGCAAGCCAUCAAUUAUAUGGUAGUCGCUAUUGUCAUAAUCAUCGCAGUGAUUCUCUUGGUCCUCCAGAUCAUCAUCAUUGUGUUGAUGGCACGGAAGCUCGGACACUCCUUACUAUCCCAUCAAGAGUUCUGGGCUCAGUUGAAAAAUCUGUUUUUUAUUGGAGUUAUUCUUAUUUGCUUCCUUCCCUACCAGUGCUUUCGGAUUUAUUACUUAUACACUGUGGCACACUCAAGAGACUGUAACUACAAUGUUGCAUUUUAUAAUGAAAUCUUCUUGAGUGUAACAGCGAUUAGCUGCUUUGAUUUGCUGCUCUUUGUUCUUGGGGGAAGCCACUGGUUUAAGCAAAAGAUAAUUGACCUAUGGAACUGUCUUCUGUGCCGUUAGCCACAGACUACAGUAUUCAACAUUACCUCCUAAUAUUGACAGUAAAAACAGGAAUGGCUAUUUCAUUACUUGGUUAAAACCAUGUCUUGAUGAACCAAACAAAAGGAUUGUAAAAUGUCAGACCAUUCAUUUCAGCCUUUGUUUAAUUCUUAUCAUCUCUGAAUGAUACAUAUACAAAGACUAGUGAUGUUCAAUCUACCUAGAGUUGCAAUACUGCAUUAUUUUCCAGUAUAUAAUGUCUACUUGGCCCAUCCAGGUACUAUGGGUCCAAUGGUUUCCGAGUUUUACUACCUUAUUUUCAUUUCCUCAGUUUGAAACAUGCCCUUUCCUUAGGUUUUGGACUAGACUCAGCCCUCUAAUUCUUUUCAUUCCACUUAAACUUAGGUAGGUUAAUCCUAGUCAUGAUUCUACAUCAAAGACACAAACUUCACUUGGCUAACCAGAUGAGAUGACCAUUCAACUCACA